AUGGCGAACGCACCAUCAACGAGCGCGUUGGACCUCGUGCCGCUCUCCGAGAUGGCUGAUGUGUUCCAGCUCGAGCGCAGGAGACGGGAAGUAGAGAAGCGCCUCCGCGAGAUCGAGUCGCGAGAGGCCCACCUCAAGGGGAAAGGGAAGGGCGCAGCCGGGCGAGGCAAGCGGGGCCGGGAGAACGAGAACGGGGGUCCAGAUGCAGGGCCUCAUGACGACGCGGUGUCCGACCCUGACGCGACUCAGCCGAAGCGGCGCCUGCUGUCCUCGGCCGUGCUCACCUCACACGCCGCCGCUGCCGCCGCCGCGGACGAAGAGGACGAGGGCCGCGGCCGCAAGCGAGCUCGAGAAGGCAGAAACCCGGAGCGCGGCGCCGACGACCACGACCACGUGGCCAGCACCCACAAGCGACGGGCCGUCGGGGAGGAGCGGGGCGGGCGGGAGGAGUUCCGGCGGGGCGGCCACGACAGCGAGGGGGGAAGGGAGGAGCGGGAGGAGCGUAGGCAGAAGGAGCGGGAGGAGCGGGAGAAGGAGUGGGUCAAAAAGGCGGGCGGCGAUGCCACGAGGAACAGGCGGGUGUUCGGCGUCCUCCUCGGCACCCUCCAGCGCUUCCGCAAGGACCAGACGGCCGUCGCCGAAAAGAUCACGAAGCAAGUGGAGGAGAAGGUCAAGGAGGAAUCCGAGACCCUGGUCAAGGAGGAGGAGAGGCGUCUGGCCGAGGAGAAGGAGAAGCACCAGGCGCUGCGCGAGGAGCUCACCCAGCAGAUCGAGGAGCACCAGCGCAAGGAGCUCGAGGCGCAAUGGGGCGAGCAUCGCAAGCUCGUGUCGCGGUUCCGCAAGACGGAGGCCAAACCGCACAUCUGCUACGCCUUCAACGACGGUGGGGCAACCACCCACCACCACCACGACGACGGCUCGGACAGCGACGCUGCCGAGAGGCACGGCCGGCACCGGCGGCACCGAGACAGCAGCGACAGCGAGGACAGCAGCGACAGUGAGUCCGAUGCCAAGCCGCCGCCGCGAGAGAAGACCAGCAGCCGCGGCAACGAGACCAACGACCAGGAGACGAAGGAGCAGGACGACCACGCGCAGCAUAGGUCCUCCACGGAGGCCGAGGCCUGA